CGAUCAUCCCGUACAUCCCAUCCACCCGCCGCGGGCUGGCCGGCCGGCCGCCCAGGCCGCCCAGUAUAUAAGGAGAAUUCCGGCCAAGAUUCGGCACCAGUCGCACCGCAGCACUCUCAGCUCGUCCAACCAAGCCAACACCAUGAUGAAGAUCGCGGUCUUUGCUGCUGUGCUGGUGGCUGUGGCUUCUGCCCAGCAGUUCCAGCAGGCCCGCGCCCCCAUCCCCAUCCUCCGGCUGGAGUCCCAGAUCCAGCCCGACGGCAGGUUCCAGUACGCCUACGAGACCGGCAACGGCAUCCAGGCCCAGGCCGUUGGCGACCAGAAGCCCGCCGGCCGCGACGGCCCCAUCCAGUCCGUGCAGGGCCAGUUCGCCUGGACCUCCGACGACGGCACCCCCGUCCAGAUCUCCUACAUCGCCGACGAGAACGGCUACCAGCCCCGCGGCAGCGCGCUGCCCACCCCUCCCCCGAUCCCCGAGGCCAUCCUCAAGUCCCUGGAGCUGAUCGCCCGCGCCGGCCCCCAGAGGCAGUAACUGCAGUAACCCUACUAUGGAACCAAUUACAGACUCUGUGAGUCUACCUCCGUGACCACUAUAUACAAAUAUUUUGUGCCUAGCAAAUAGUGUAAAAACUGUAAACUGUACAUAA